AUGCCGGCCGCUGGCGUGCCGGCGACGUUCCGGAGCAGCGCCGUGCCUGUGUGGCGCAAGUAUGUGGGCGCGGCGGGGACGACUGCAGGGACCAUUCCCUCGGUUGACGAGCUGAGCGUGCUCGCGCAGCACCUGCAUGCUCUUCAGCAGGAUGCAGAGGCUCGGGCACAGACGCUCGCGUGCGAACGCCCUGGGAAGGCGAGCGAAAUGCGCGCGAGGGGCCGCGAUAUCAAGUCAGAGGAUGAUGCACGCGUGCCGGAGACGUCAUCGCCGACCAAGUCGGAGAGUGGCUCGGACACCGAGUGGGCGCCGGACGAUGCGCGGCGGCGCGGGAGUGUGGGCCGCACGUAUGGCCGCGGCAAGGCACGGCGGAAGGCCAACGGGCCAGAGAGUGUGCCAGCUAGUGUAUCUGAAAGUGCAGAGAUUCUCUCUGACGCCGACAGCGAAGUGGCGCUCAGUGUGCAGCGUAGCAAGAUGCAGCGGCCGCCCCUGGGCGUGAAGCUGCGCCUCACACAGCCCAGCGACACGCGCGGCGCCCGCACAGAGCUGCGGCCUGUACCUGCGCCGCCGGCUACGGGCAUUGACCUGCAUGGCGAUACCUUUUUUGACAGCACGACCUUCAGCUGGGACGUGCCGCCAGAGCCGGAGGGGUCAGUCUUGCCCAAGUGCGAGCCGAUUCGCCUACCCAAGCCGUACCCUACUCACCCGAAUGACGUCCACGAAGACUUUUCUCAGUGCGACUGGCGCGACCGCGAGUCGGUGUACUCGGUGGGCGAGGCAGUGCCUGAGGCGCCGAGCGCGCCCAAAGACACAGCGCGCGCGCGGCCGGCCAAGGAGGCGGCGCAGGUGCCUGCGACGACCUUCUUCAACUUUGCCGACGCGUACUUUAAGCCGGUGACUGAAGACGAUCUCGCGUGGCUCUCGAGUCGCGCAGAUGAUCCGGCGCCGUUCCAAUUCCCUGAGCUGGGUCCUCACUACCGCACUGUGUGGGAGAAAGAGGAUGCGGAACUGCUCGGUGUGCUGCGUGCUAUGGACGGCGGCCAUGCGAGCACCGUGCCUCCUCCGCCUGCGCCGCGCGCGGCUCCCGAGCCGCUGCUACCCAGCUCCGCGUCGCUCGAUGCACUGACGGAUGCGGAUAUGUACAGUCGCACGCUGUGCGGGGGCCCACUGAUGGAACGCCUCGCCUCGUCGCUGCUGCUACCAGAGGACGGCGCGAGCGCGGCGAGCGCGCCUGCUUCGCUGGCCAUGCAGAGUACACACAGCGGCAGCAGCUACACGAGCUGCGCGAGCGACGAUAAGGUGCCGCUGCUGCCCCCGCCGGACGCGCACAAGUCGCUCGCGGAUAUGGAGGCCCAGGCGCGGCAGGCGUGUGAGGCUGUGGGGCUGCUCGAGCCCGGCGCAUCGACGCACUUUGACGAGCAUGCUGACGGCCCCAUCGCAAGUGCGCUGCGCCUCGCGCAGGAGAAGCUGCGGCACCAGAUCCGCUCGAACGAGCAGCGCAAGGCGCGGCUCUUCCAGGUCGCCAAAGACUAUAUGGCGUACCAGGACUACCUCGCAUGCCUACAGGCCGCGGAGCGCGAGAUUGAAGCGUCAUGGACGAAGCGCACGCGCCAACUUAAAGCCAGUGCUGGCAAGAAGCGCAAGAACGAGCCGGACGCCGGACCCAGCCGGCCGACUCAGCCAGACGCGCUACCUGAGGCUUUGCAGCGGCGCAGGAAGCUCAAGGCCGCCUUCGAGCCAUUGUUUGCCAAGAUACCGCAUGCCUGCGCCCCCCCUACGCAGAGUAUAUACCACGGCAUCGAUUAG